AUGACUUUCUCCCUUUCCUUCACUCUGCUUUCCCUUCUCUCUGUUAUUCUGCUACAUGCCAGUGCCUUCCAACUCCAUUACAACCACCCCAUUCACCGUCGCCACCCUCGCUUUGUCACCCAUAACUACCGAGAUGCUCUCACCAAAUCCAUUCUCUUCUUUGAAGGCCAGAGGUCAGGGAAACUCCCUCCUAACCAGAGAAUGUCUUGGAGGAGGGACUCUGGUCUUUCUGAUGGCGCAGCUAUGCAUGUUGAUUUGGUUGGAGGAUACUAUGAUGCUGGGGACAAUGUCAAAUUUGGCUUUCCCAUGGCCUUCACCACCACCAUGCUCUCGUGGAGCGUUAUUGAGUUUGGUUGGCUUAUGAAAGGUGAGCUGCAGAAUGCCAGAGUAGCCAUUCGUUGGGGCACUGAUUAUCUUCUCAAAGCUACUGCACAUCCUAACAUCAUUUAUGUUCAGGUCGGGGAUGCUAAGAAGGACCAUGCUUGUUGGGAGAGACCAGAGGACAUGGACACUCCAAGAAGUGUGUUUAAAAUAGAUGCUAACACUCCUGGUUCAGAAGUUGCCGCGGAAACUGCUGCAGCUCUUGCAGCUGCUUCUCUGGUUUUUAGAAGAACUGACCCUACAUAUUCAAAAACUUUAGUGAGAAGGGCCAUCAGG